GACGCUUCCGCCGCCGCUCCCUCCACCCCGUCGCUUCCGCCGCCGCCCUAUACCUGCUCCGAUUCAUGGGUAACUUUCGCUUCCAAUCUCCCUGCGAAACCUAGGAGCCCUGUUUUGAUCUCCGGCUCGAUUUUUGCCCUGUGCGAUGUUGGCUCCCCAUGGCGAUCUCAGUGGAAAUUGUUCACCUGUACUUUGAAUAAUCAUAACAACUGGGUUUGCUUGGAGAAGCAUGAAUGGGCGGAUAUAUUCGAUCUCAUCAAGCGGCCUCGCUUGGUGCGUGGGGAUGGGAACAAGCUGCUGAUGAUUGGUGGGUUGAAGUCGACCUUCUCGUUGAACCCUUCUUGCUCGACGAUGCUGAUACUUAGGCUGGAUUUGGAGAAGUUGGAGUGGGAGGAAGCUGGGAAUGAUUCUGGAAGUGGGAAUGAAGGGGAAGGAGAAGUGGCGGCGUGGAGAUGGAUCGAUGAAGUGCCUGGUGGUGGAAAGUUUGGUCGUCGGAGGGCGAAUUCACGGUGGGGGGGUUAA